ACGAAAAUUAUACCAGUUUGGUUGAGCAACUCCACUUUGACUGUGCUAGAAUGAGUUUUAAUUGUUCUUUGUGAGACACUAAAUUACGUUAACAUGGAAAAGAUUCUCAUCUUGACAAUUCUGCCACUAAUCACGGUGGAGGCCAAAACAAAGUUCCUAUCGCAAAGCCUGGACUCGGAGCCUUCGAUAUCAAUCCUGUACGCCAGAGACAAAAAGAGCGACAAGGUCACCAACGAAUGCCUGACCGAGAUGUACCCUCGGAACUUAUACCAGUACCCUCUCCAUAUAGACAGGAACGAUAUCCCCUGCAUCAUCCAUUGCGUCUUGAAGAAGUUCGGGAUCAUGUCCAACGACGGUCUGAUCAACAUCAAGAACUACUACAAAAGAGUCCAAGCCAUCCACCGAUAUGACCCAAGGAUCCUCAUCUCAGAUGUAGGGGAGACCUGUGCACAGAACAUCAAUGGGAUGAAUUUGGAUCACGACGUUUGCAAGAAAGCCAAAGUCUUUAACGACUGCACACAACUGUACGCAAUUUCUUUCAGAGACCCUGAAGAAUGGUAGUUAACUAGAAUGUUAUUGAAUUUUUGAUACUUUCGUAAAUAAACAA